GCGGCAGCUCAGGGAGGCAGCUGUAUGUGCGUCUGCAUCACAAUUGCCACAGGUAAAGACAGCUGCAUCAUCGGAUGUUGCUAACCCCAUAGGGGGUUAGGGAGCUUUUGCUGCUGUGUGCAAGUUCUCAGCCCAGCGCGGGGCACACAUUUCUAAUCAUCUCCAAGAAAGCUUCCUGGAGGGAAGGACGAGCAGAGGAUCCCAGCAACCCGACCAACAAAUCACAGACUGACUCGAAAGAGCACAGGCUUUCAGGGACUGAGGAAAAAUCAGCGUUCAGAAAGAGAAAAGAGAGAAUCAGUUGGAUAUUUUUAAGCAUUGUGGUCUCCUGUUUGUGUUUUUUCCUCUUAUCUUCUUAUUUAUCUUGCUUUUUGCUCUUUCUGUUUCAAUCAUUUUCAUCCACUCCCUGCUUCUCAUCCUCUUCGUCUCUCAUUUUAUCCCUCUGUGGCGGAAUGUUCCCUGCAAAUAGAUGAGAAGAGGCUUUCAGAGUGCUUGCUGCAGUAUUAACGGACAGUAUACUGAGACAGCAGGGCGCUGAGCGGACAGCUUGGGGAAAUCUGAUCCACAGCCGGCUGGAGAAGGAGCGGGAUCACGCGUUGCAUUUAUCCGCCCUGUGAUACCACUGCGCGACAACACCCUUCAUUCUUUUACCCCCCUCCCUCUCUCUGUCCUCAUCCGAAGCUUUGCUUUAUGACUGGAUCUGGAAAAUUAAUUGGAUUCUACUGCUUUAUUUUUAGCCUCACUGGGAUUAAAAACACACAUAAAGGAAAUAAAGUCGGGUUUGGACCAAAAAAGUGAUAAAUAAAAAAUCCUCAAAAAAGGAGAGGCUGACUGAAAAGCAACGGGCAACAAAGAUAGCAAAUGAUCUAAGAAGAGUGUUUGACAGACACAUUAACGAGAACUAUCUUUGCUCUCGCACUCUUUUGGUAACAGAAAGAGACAGAUUUUGGGAGCUGAGGGACGCUGACUCGGCUAAAGCUGAACUCGACUAGACUCUGCUAAAUAGGCUGCAUUGGGAAACAUCUUUCAUUUUUUUUGGUCCUGCACAGGGUGGGGAAGCAACAAGACCCAGCCUUCAAGUUUCAAUCCCCUAAUUAGACAAUACUCUCCCAUCGUGGAUUGUACAUGGUGGGGACCCACAUGCACAUUAAGUAGAAAUAGCUGUGGAUUUUUGCUGCAGAGGCAUCAGAACACAGAUGCCACACAUGCACAGAUGUAAAACAGUUCCUUCCCACCCAUCUCUCUCUCCUGUCUCUCUCUUUGUCCCUCUCUCUUUUUCUCCCUGUUAGAAGCAUCACUUCUUCUCCGGCUUGUGAACGUUCUUGAAGUUUACUGCUUCAGUUGGACAUUGGGAGUUGGGCAGGACUAACCCGGACUAAUCGGGCAAUUAUCUGUCUACGCCAGCUCUCCCAUUUCUCACUGGGUGUUAUUUCUGAGUGUGAUUGUGUGUGUGUGUUUGUGAUCGUGUGUCUGCAUGUGUCUCCUGCACCCCUCUCCUUCUCUCUAUCCUUGGAUUACAUAUUUGUGUACAUGUUAUUGAGCAUCUGAUUCCCGUGGGGUCCUUUUGUAUCCAUUUCUUCAUCAUUCCCUUUGUCCCUUCUCAAUGUCCGGCAUUGUUGGGAACAUUUCUGCCAUUUACAAUCAAUGCCUAUCACAGGGUUAACCCUCAAUGAGCCAUAAAGGACGGCAGGGAAGGAUGAGCGAGUGUUCUGGGGCAGCUGUUUCCGGGGCUGUGAUCCUGGAGGAACCUGAGGCUUCAGGGACUUCAGGGGACCGCGGUGAGGGUCAGGCCCAGGAUCAGGGUCCCCUUCGCUGUGCGGUUUGGCCUCGCCAGCAGACAUGGCUGUGUGUGGUCCCCUUACUCAUUGGUUUCAUUGGCCUUGGAUUGAGCCUGAUGCUGCUGAAAUGGAUUGUUGUUGGUACAGUACGGGAUUACGUGCCAACAGACCUGGUGGAUGCCAAUCGAAUAGGUCAGGAUCCCAUCUUCCUCUCCAAACCAAGCGGGAUUCCCAAAGGUCCUGAUACUACAACCACCACAACGACGCCUACAGUUGAUGGUGGGAACCCCACGUCUAGAACGGUAACUGUUGCAAAGGGUAGAACUCGUUCCACUGCUACAACCACUACUAUAAACCCUAGAGGUGGUGGAGCAUCGGGCAGCCAAGUGACCCCUCGGAAUCCUGUAAAUCGUAAUGGACGUGUACCUUCGGGUUUUACUACGACCACUGCAGCGCUACGGACGACCUUCAUAAUUGGAGGUGCAACAUCUAGCCCCUCACCGUCCAAUCCAACUGUACUCCAUGACUCUACGCAGAUGUGGACCCCGGAGCAUAGUACUACUGAGGCGGUCUCCACCACGCUCGUCACGCGUACACACAGCCACCGCAAAACACCAUCUCCAACUGUCCCUCCACUGCACUCAGAGCACUUCAAACCCUGUCAUGAGAAGGAUUUGGCCUACUGCCUAAACGGUGGCGAAUGCUUUGUCAUAGAGACGCUUAGUGGGCCUCACAAGCACUGCAAGUGUCGAGAAGGUUACCAGGGAAUCCGCUGUGACCAGUUUCUGCCCAAGACAGACUCCAUCCUGUCUGACCCAAUUGAUCACUUGGGCAUCGAGUUUAUGGAGAGCAAAGAGGUGUACAAGAGACAGGUCCUGUCAAUCACAUCCAUCGCCAUGGCAAUCAGCCUUCUGGGAACCCUGUGUAUGGCCCUCUACUGCCGCAACAAGAGGCGCAGAGAGAAGCUCCAGGCCCACCUGAAGGAGAGUCGUAGUUUGAAAAACUACACUGCUAAUUCCCAUAAUGCCCUGGAUGACAAGAUGAGGGCGCCUAACACCAACCUGCAAAUGCACGAGUACUGCAAACGGUCCUCCCAGUCUCGCCAGGGAAAUGUCUGUGAGUCCAGCUUUCCACCCUGCAACAUCUCCACUAUGCCAUCCAGCAGCUCUAAAGGCACAGCAAAACAUCACAGAAGUGGUUCCUUGUCUCACAGCCCAGAUCAGAGAUCGCGGCCAGCCCAUUGGUCAGCCCCACGCAGGACCCCACCCAUACCCAGGGGAAGGCUAAAUCCAAUUGGAGGAUCCAAGUAUUCAGGACCCGCCUACCAACAUCUUCAGGAAGUGGACUCAUCUGAAAAGGAGGCUGAAGCACAAAGAGGUUGCCAAAUGAAAGGAGCCAACCAAUGUGACGACCCCAGACAAGACACCUUCCUUAUGGGAACUCCUGUUUCCAGGCCAUUGCCUUGGAGCAGCCGCAUGGAGGAGCAUUCAGGCCUUUGUCCUGCGUCUGACCACAACGAUCUGAAUCCCAGCACCCGCAGCCUGCGCAGGCCCGGACGCCGUCCCAGCCACUCCCUCUCUCCUCCAUUUCGCUCCUGCUCUAUCCCCAUCAUCCCCUCCGUCCAGUGUCACCAUGACAAUGAGGUGUCUUGUAUGCAAACCAGUGUCACCCCAGCAACCGCAACGAUGUCAGUCACCUGCGGAGCCAUGUCCUGCAAGGAAGAGAGGAGAGAGAAGGUAGCACACGCCACGUUGUCUGCUUCUUUCUGCUCAUCUGCCAUUGGACAGCAGCAGGAUGAGGUGGCGCUGCUGCUGGAGGAGGCGCAGGAGCAGCUCAGGGCCUUGGCUCACAGGAAGCAGGAAGAGGGUGGGCUCAGCAGCAGCGGCUCAACAGCUGCGAUGAUGGAGGCCAGAGAAACUGUUUGCUUCCUGAACCUUAAUGGAGGAAGUGUUGGGGCACUGAGCUGUAACGGACCCACUCAGACCCAGUUACUUAGCCCCAGCCUAUCACACAGAGACCUGGGCCAAAUCAGCCAAUGAAAGGACACGAUUUAGGACAUUCAAUUUCGGUUUGACAGUGUUUGACAAACUCUGGUGUUCUGCAUCUGUGGGACACAAAUGGAAAUGCUGAAUUUAAAAAAAAUUGUAACAUCAUGGAAAUUCUGAAAAUGUGCUGACGAUAUGCAUACUAUGUGGAUACAAACAUACAAACACUUCUUGAGUGGCCGCCUUUACACCGACUGACAGUAUGGAAAAAGAGAAAAAAAUAUUUACAUGCAUUUAUUUACAAAACAAGAGAAACACUUCUACUUAGGCAAAAAGAAACCAAAUAGUCUGUCAAAUCCAUGGUGUUUUUAAUUGUAAAAAGAAUAUAUAAAUAUAUAUAUAAAUAUAUAUGGAUAUAAAUAUAUGGAAUUCAAGAAGUGACCAAGUACAAAGUUGGAGAACACAGGAAUGAUGUAACUAUUUUUCUUUUUUUUUCCUUCUCCCUGUUUAGUAUUAACUCACAUUUUGGUUCUUGCUCAGUUCUAGUGAACUUCAUUCACGUCCCGAUGCACGUCCACGAGUCCACGUUCUGUGAGAGUCUGCACAGAAUCCAAAAUGGCUAACGAGGAGGGAGCCUCCACAUCAACCCCCCCCCCUUUUGAAAACCUGUCUAGCCAGCCAAGAAUUACAGUACAGCCCUGACCAACAACACUUUGAGGAUUUACGACACAAAACUAAAACUGCUGUGUGUGUGUGUGUGUGUGUGUGUGUGUGUGUGUGUGUGUGUGUGUGUGUGUGUGUGUGCGCUCCUCAAGUGCAGAGAGGGAGAAGAAGAAUAAACAGGAAAAGACUUCUUCUGCAGUUGGUCGGAUUUGGGAGGGCAGAUUGUUGAAGACAACCCAGAUGCUGACUCCCCUUUGGCCAGUGUUUCAAACCAAUUCUAGAUUAUUAUUGUUUUUGUUACAAAUUAUAUUUUCACACACAUAUGCACACACAGUCACCUGUGCAUUAUUUUUCCGUUUAUUGGAUUUAUCGGAUGAAUGGACAGAAGGACAAAAGAAGGACGGUUGGGUAAGGGGCACCACAGGAGCUAAUCUGACAUUUUUUAGUUGAUUUGGUAUUGCGUUUUUGGUUAUUAAUGAACAAUGCUGCUUUCUGGGGCUGACGGGAGGGAGAACCACAGGGUUUGGGUACUGAAUCAAAAAAUAAAUGUCUCUAUGUUGUAUCCUAUGAAUUGGAAGCUUUUGAAUCUCUGUAUGAAGUUACACCCAAAUGUUUCUGGUGACAAAAAGUAAAAAAUGGUUGCAAUUCUGGUAAAGAGUUUUUCAAAAUAACAUUUGUUUUGGUUGAUUGCUUGGAAGACAUUUUGACUCUUUUCGCCUUUUCACACCCAACCCGGUUUGAAACCAGUAUUCUCUAAGUUCUUUAUCUUACCAAAGUAGCUGGUAGUUUCAUCUUUUCACCAACUUCUAGAAAUACAGAAAUGAAUGAUAAGUUAUGUUUUAAAAUAUGGUUUCAUUCAAAAAUACUAUACUGUACAUCCAUUUAUGAAAAGAUCUUGAUACCUACAAAACACAAAACAUUUCCAUUCACAUAACUUUGUCUAUUGAUCUAUGAGGCUUAAAACUGGUUUUAAUUUCAGUAGUAAACAACAUCAAUUGCUGUCUCUGUUCAUUUUGGAAUGAAAAUUACAUGAAUAAAGGGGAAAGCUGGCUUUGAUACUGAGGAACUCCACCAAUAUUAUACUCAAAAGUAUUUGAUAAAAAUAAAUUGAUUUGGAAAAACAUUAAUUGUAACAGCAAUGUAAAAGCUUAAACUUUCUACAAUAAGCAAAAGUUUAGAUAAUUUUCUGUUUAACAGUUUUUAUCUUCAACAAACCCACCAAAAAAGCGGUAUGGGGCUUGCUUUCAAAGGUUUACUCUUGGACGACAUUUUAAAAGAUAGGAGUGACAUCUGGAUUCUUUGUUUUUGAUAUGAAAUAAGUCUAACAUUGAACACUCAAAGCAGCCCCCCUUUCAAGCUUUGUGAAUGUGGCUUCAUGUUAACUGUUUUCAGCCAACAUGUCACCACCUUCUGUACUCAUGAUCCUUUCUGUGGCACUUUCCCGUGUGUGACCGACGCUCUUUUCAGUUCAGAAAUGUUCAUUUAAAAAUGCGACACUCUGGAUUAGUUCACAGUACCUGAGAAUUCCCACUCUCUUAUCAAAUCUUUCACAAUAGCUUAUCCUUGGGAACAUUCACCACUCAGCUCUGCCAUCUUUUUUUAAUUUUAUAAACGACUGAAUGGCAAGGCUACACACACAAGCACACAAAAAUCAGCCCAGCACAUUCUUUCUUUUGAUUUGAAGACUUAGUUUUCCAUGCUGCCAUCAAAUCCUCAAAAGGAGCUUUUCUAUAUCACUUGUUGAACCUCAACAGUUAUUUGAUACUGAUGACCAUCCAACAUCCAUAAUGUCCUCACCAGAACAAACACUGGUGACUUAUGGAAGUUGAUGUGCACAGACACAAUGCAAAAAAAAUGUGAAGUUGUUUGUUUGACCAACUGUAAUCAGUGUAUGAGCUUUUAACAGAUAAAAGUCUGCAAGAAUUGUCUGGAUUUAUUUUUGUCUUAUCCUGAUAUGAGCCUUGCAACUAGAAUAUUGAUUGAUGUUUUCGCAACAUUUCAUAAAAGAAAAUCUCAGCUCUGGAGCCUCACAGAGGAGGAAUGUACAUAACACAUAAGUCAUAGCCAGAAGCCAAACAGGCAUUUCUGUUUUAAUUGACAGUCCUGCGUGAGUUAUUUCUGCACCUCGAGAAAACAGCAAUUACUUUUGACAUGCAAGUACUUCAGCACAAUGUACAUCUGAGCAUCUGCAAUUAUACAACAGAGGAGGGAAAAAGUAAUUUAAUGCAGGUGUUUCUGCUUUCCACUCUGCACAUCUUUAAAUGGCUGUACAUGUGCCAGUAAUUGAACAUUGCUUACUGCAUAACUUCACAUCCUGCUGGUUUAACACUCUCAGAAGUAGCACAGGAAGAGAUAUCAGGGUUCAAUUAGGAAAACCUCGCUGCUUUCUCUUUUUAUUAGUCACAGCAUAGCUGCCUUUCUUUGUUUUAGUCAAGAUUAUAUUUAAAGUAUUAUGAGGUGUGUCUGUGUGUGUGGGACGUAUGUGCGCAAGUGAAAGUAUGUAUACAGUUAAAUAUUUCAUUUUUAUUAAAUAAAAAACAAAUAUUAGUGUUUAUUUUGAUCAUUAAUACACAGUUAAAAGUCAGAAUUAAAAAUAAUCAUUUCAGACAUCCAAGUGAAAACA